UUUAUCUUAUUCUUGUUACAAGAGUUGCUCAUCCCUUUGUCACCAAUUUCGCCAAAGAAACUUCUCUAUAAAUACCCCAUUCACUUUCUUUCACAUGAAAACUAAAACACACAAACAUCACAAGUUAUACAUAUAAAUACACACACACACACAACACAGAUAUAUAUAAGAUGUCUUGUAAUAAUAAUUCAUUAUUAAGCGGCAACAAAGUCGUAGUAAUACUUGUAUUCAUCUUAUGUUUGGUUCACUCAUCAGAGUCACUUCGGCCAUUGUUUGCAUGCGACCCAGCAAAUGGGUUAACCCGAACACUCCGGUUCUGUCGCGUCAAUGUACCGGUCCACAAGAGGGUUCAAGACUUGAUCGGACGGCUCACGUUGCAGGAGAAGAUCCGCCUCCUUGUCAACAAUGCCGCCGCUGUGCCACGCCUAGGUAUUGGAGGCUAUGAGUGGUGGUCCGAGGCUCUCCACGGUGUUUCUGACGUUGGUCCCGGUGCUAAGUUUGGUGGUGCUUUUCCCGGUGCCACCAGCUUCCCUCAGGUCAUCACCACCGCAGCUUCUUUCAACCAGUCUCUAUGGGAAGAGAUCGGACGGGUGGUGUCCGAUGAGGCAAGAGCUAUGUACAAUGGAGGCGUGGCCGGCUUGACGUAUUGGAGCCCAAAUGUGAAUAUACUGAGGGACCCACGGUGGGGUCGAGGCCAGGAAACUCCCGGAGAAGAUCCUGUUGUCGCCGGAAAAUACGCCGCCAGCUACGUCAGAGGACUUCAGGGAAACGGCGCCGGUAACCGCCUCAAAGUCGCCGCAUGUUGCAAACAUUACACUGCUUAUGAUCUUGAUAACUGGAAUGGCGUCGACCGUUUUCAUUUCAACGCCAAGGUCACCAAACAAGAUUUAGAGGACACAUACAAUGUGCCAUUCAAAUCCUGUGUUUACGAGGGAAAAGUCGCAAGUGUUAUGUGUUCUUACAAUCAAGUCAAUGGAAAGCCAACAUGUGCUGAUGAAAAUCUAUUAAAGAACACUAUUCGUGGUCAAUGGCGUCUCAAUGGAUACAUUGUAUCAGACUGUGACUCUGUAGAUGUUUUCUUCAACCAACAACACUAUACCACAACUCCUGAGGAAGCUGCAGCAGCCUCCAUCAAAGCUGGUUUAGAUUUGGAUUGUGGGCCAUUUUUGGCGAUCUUCACGGAAGGAGCGGUGAAGAAAGGAUUGUUGACAGAGAAUGACGUUAAUCUAGCACUUGCCAAUACCAUAACGGUUCAGAUGAGACUUGGUAUGUUUGAUGGAAAUCUUGGACCAUACGCUAAUCUUGGGCCUAAAGAUGUUUGUACACCGGCCCAUCAACAUUUAGCCCUUGAAGCGGCCCAUCAAGGAAUCGUUCUUCUCAAAAACUCUGGUCGGUCUCUUCCACUCUCUCCUAGACGCCACCGCACCGUUGCCGUAAUUGGACCUAACUCCGACGUCACUGAGACCAUGAUUGGGAACUAUGCAGGAAAAGCAUGUGCCUAUACGACACCGUUACAAGGAAUCUCAAGAUACGCAAAGACACUUCACCAAGAAGGUUGUGCCGGUGUAGCUUGCGGCGGGAGUCAAGGAUUUGGUGCAGCCGAAGCGGCGGCGCGUCAAGCAGACGCAACGGUUCUUGUAAUGGGACUGGACCAGUCGAUAGAAGCAGAGACACGAGAUCGAACCGGGCUGCUAUUACCGGGUUACCAACAAAACCUUGUGACACGUGUGGCUCAAGCUUCUAGAGGUCCAGUCAUUCUAGUACUUAUGAGUGGUGGACCCAUCGAUGUAUCCUUCGCUAAGAAUGAUCCACGUGUCGCUGCCAUCAUUUGGGCCGGGUAUCCGGGUCAAGCGGGUGGAGCUGCUAUUGCUGAUAUAAUUUUUGGUGCUGCUAAUCCGGGAGGUAAACUACCAAUGACAUGGUAUCCACAAGAUUAUGUGGCAAAACUACCAAUGACGAUAAUGGCCAUGAGAGCAUCUGGAAACUACCCAGGAAGGACUUACAGAUUCUACAAAGGCCCAGUGGUGUUUCCGUUUGGGUUUGGUUUAAGCUACACUACCUUCACUCACAGUUUAGCUCAAAGCCCAUUAGUCCAAUUAUCGGUUUCAUCCUACAAGCUCAACACUGCCAUUUUCAACUCCUCAUCUAACUCCAUCAAGGUAUCUCAUGCCAACUGUGGAACGUUUCCGAAAAUGCCUCUCCACGUCGAAGUGUCAAACACCGGUGAGUUCGAUGGAACACACACGGUGUUCGUCUUUGCCGAGCCGCCGGAGAAUGGGAUAAAAGGACUGGGUGUGAAUAAGCAGUUGGUAGCGUUUGAGAAGGUUCAUGUCACGGCAGGUGCAAAACGGACCGUUAAAGUCGAUAUUGAGCCUUGCAAGCAUCUUGGUGUAGUGGAUGAGCAUGGCAUGAGGAGAAUCCCAAUGGGUGAGCAUAAGUUACACAUUGGUGAUCUUAAACAUACUAUUUUGGUCCAACCACAACUUUGA